CGCCUCAGCCUAUUGAAAGCGCGGCGCGGCGGAGGUGAGGGGUCGGAGGUGAGGGCGGCGCCCCCGGAAGUGGAAGCCGGAGCGGCGGUGCCUCCCAUUCUUUCGCAGCCGGCGGCGUGCACGAGUGUUUUGUUCCCGCGUGGGCCUGUGUUCCUCGGGCCGCCGCGCGCCGUGUUGCCAUGAGCCUGCCCCUCAACCCCAAGCCCUUCCUGAACGGGCUGACGGGGAAGCCGGUGAUGGUGAAGCUGAAGUGGGGGAUGGAGUACAAGGGCUACCUCGUCUCCGUUGAUGGCUACAUGAACAUGCAGCUUGCAAACACAGAGGAAUAUAUAGACGGUGCAUUGUCUGGACACCUGGGUGAAGUUUUGAUAAGGUGCAAUAAUGUUUUGUACAUCAGAGGUGUGGAAGAAGAGGAAGAAGAUGGAGAAAUGAGAGAAUAGGUGUUUUGUAUAUCUGGAAAUAAACUUUUUUUUUUCUUUUUUGUUUUCCAUAA